AAAAUAAAAAUAAAAUUAACGGUUAAGAUUUCAUUAAAACAAGUCCUAUACACGCACACAUUUACAUCUCUGAAUUCUCUCUCUGUCUUCUUUUUGCUGUAGUUGAAAGCUUUUUGCUGUGCCUCUCUCUCUCUCUCUCUUUUGUUCAUGUGAAGAAGGAGGGUUUGGUGGGUUGGAAGAAGUGUCUUUUUGGCUUUGGAUUUGAGGUGGGUUUGCUUUGAAAUUCUGCUUCUUCUUUUUUUUUUUUCUGGGGUUCUGUAAUGGAGAGAGAUUUUCUGGGUUUGAGCUCAAAAGAACCGUUGGCUGUGGUGAAGGAAGAGAUUAACAAUGAUGCCUGCCAAGACUCUGGAGCACAGUGGCAGUUCUUAAACAAGGUUUCUGCCAUUUCUCAUUUGAUGUCUUUCAAGGUUUCUCAAGAAGACAAGAAUCAAAAGAUUGCUUCUGACUCCCACAUGUCAUCUGGAUUUAUGUCUAUCUCAACAGCAGAUGCUUUUGAUGCUAGUCAGAAACGGUCUAUGGCUGAAAUCCAGAAGUCCUUCAAUCACAAUAGGCAAGGUGCGAAUCAUUUUUCCCUGACAUCUUACCCUGUGCAACAUGAUGUGAAGAUGUUUUCUGUUGGAAACCCCUUCUUCAAGAAUCAUUUUGCUACUGCUGGUCAGAAUUUGGCAGGUGUCAAUGUGAAGCAACAGUUACUUGGAGGGAUUCCGGCUACAGCUCCACAUUCAGUUAUUCCCACUGCUGCUAACAUUACUGGGAUAACUGAACCAUGGAAUGGUGUCAAGGCCUCUGGGUCUCCUGCUCAAUUGACCAUCUUUUAUGGAGGUACUGUGCAUGUCUAUGAUGACAUAACCCCUGAGAAGGCUCAGGCUAUAAUGUUGUUGGCUGGGAAUGGAUCUAUUGCUUCUAAUGCAGCACAUCCAAAAGCUCAAGUUCAAGCACCUAGCUCAAAAUUGGCAGCUGCUGAUGGUGUUACUGUGAAUCAGCCCAUAAACACACACCCUUGCUCUGGUCUUUCAAGUCCCUUGUCGGUUUCUUCACAUACUGGUGCCCAGUCGGGAAGUGGAUCCACUGGCAAUGAUGAAUCGAUGGCUGCUAAAACCACUGGAGCUCCAACAACUCCUGUUAGCAAAGCGGUGCCUCUGCAAAUGACUAAAAUGGUGGUCCCAUUUUCAUCUGUUGCACCUGUUCCACAAGCACGAAAGGCAUCCUUGGCUCGAUUUUUGGAGAAGCGCAAGGAAAGGGUAAUGAAUUUAGGGCCAUAUAACCUCAACAAGAUAUCUCCUGAAUGCACUGCCCAAGAAUCCAAUGGUGCAAAUUUCUGUGCCAGUCCUGCUGCAGGUGCUGGUUCUCUCUUGGAAAGCAAGGAGGGUAGCCACGAUGUAUGAGAGGUCCAAUUAGGAAAGGAUUAUUGCAGAUUUAUGUAGUAAGUUAAAGAUGUAAGCAGACGGAUUAUAUUUUCUCUAGAAACAACUGUAAUCCUGACUUUAAUUUGAAACUUAACUAAGUUUCUAUAUAUAUAGUUGGUGUAGGGCCUUUUCUUAUUAUUUCGGAUGCAAUCAUAUUGUUGCUUCCGACAUCUCAAUGUUUAAGUCCACUUUGCAAGUAUUCAACUAUAUUGUUACAUUGUGAAAUUAUUGCCUAGUGUAAGGAUUAUAUUUACUGUUUCUUCCA